GGUCACUCACUCACUUCCUAAAGUCACACUUUGUAGAGAAAGUCUCUCUCUCUCAGACUCUCACUUUCUCUAUCUUUCUCUUCAGCUUGCUCCAAUGCCUACCAGCAAAAGAAAACUCCUCAUCAACAAAGUUUCAGUCAACAUAGGGUGUAGCUGCAGAAAAUCAAAGCUAUGUCACAUAUUCAAUCCAAAGCCAAAACCCAAAACCCCCACAUACCAAAAACACAAAAGCUACCCCUCUUCUUCUUCAAGUUCAUGGGACAAAGACAACACAAACACAAACACAGUGUCUCCAAGCGUUGACUACACAGAGAGUGAUGAUAUAAAGGGCUCAAGGACAGUCAGAGGGUUUGGCAAAAUAGAUAGUGAGAGUGUUGCAGUUGAGAAAGAAUCAGAUGACCCAUAUUUGGAUUUUCGACAGUCAAUGCUCCAAAUGAUAUUGGAGAAUGAAAUAUACUCCAAAGAAGACCUUAGGGAGCUCCUGACUUGUUUUUUGCAGCUGAACUCGCCGUACCACCAUGGAAUCAUUGUUAGAGCUUUCACUGAGAUAUGGAAUGGAGUGUUUUCUGUGAGGUCUAGCUCUCCUAAUCUUUACUUUGGAUGCAAGUCACGUGAGAUUUAGGUGAUGAUGAUGAUGAUAAUGAUGCACUUGGGCACUGAUGGUGUUUCAUGUGCAUGCGCGUGGCUUUGUGUCAACUUUGUAUUUAAUGAUGCAAUCUUGUGAUGUCCAAUUGUCCAUGUAUCAUGUAUCAUGUAUCAUUAUCAUGUAUCUUUGCAAGAUGUGCAAAAACUAGGAUGUGAAUCAAAUAAAUAGCAAAAAAAUUGUAGAACUAAGUUCUAAGUUCUAA